AUGGCGCCCCAGAGGCCUCCAAAGAUGACGAACAGACCGAAGCCACUCGAGCAGCUCCAAGACCCGGACCAGGACCAGGACCAGGACCAGGACCAGGACCAGGACCAGGACCAGCACCAGCACCAGCACCAGCACCAGCACCAGCACCAGGACCUGGACCUGGACCUGAACGAUGUGGGAAUGGAUGGCGCUUCGGAUAUCGAGAAAGACUCGACAGAGGAAGAGCUGGAGAAGUUGGUGUUUGGGGACGCUGUAGGCUUCAGAGAGGGCAUAAGAAGCUUCGCACAACCUCAGGCAGGGUGGAUGGUGGGCGAAGUUCCGACGUUGGACGACGAGGCGGGAGGGGACGGGCUAGCAGACAUUGCCGAUGCAGAUCUCUUCUUUCUUGACACAGGACCAGCAGACGUUCCCCGCCAAGCUCUUGUAGCUCAACCUCCCUCAGACGACGAUGACGCCCUAGUCCACGGCAGAGAACCGCCAGCAUGGGAAGACAGCGAUGAUGAACGGAUGACCGUGUCGCUGGCAUCAUUGCCGCGGCUGCGCAAGCUGAGGCGCACCGAAGAAGAGGAUGUCAUCAACGGCAGGGAGUAUGCAAGCCGUUUACGCAGACAGUUCGAGCGACUGUACCCGCUUCCUGAGUGGGCAAACCCACAGGCAAGACGACCGCCGAAGAAGAAGAGGCGCACCGCUUCCGGCGCAGGGAACUCUUCCGCUGAAGAUAGCUCUUCAGCUGACGAAGCGGAGAUGGACGACGAGCUCACAGUGCAACCACUCGCUGAACUGCUCAAGGAUGCCGACAGUCUCACUCGCAGGGCCGAGCACGGCGGGAGCAGAAAGCGAAAGUUGCGACCAGGGGUAAUCGAUAUCCAGCGUACAAAAGACAUUGGUGGCACACAGCCCUCUGCAAUCACAUCUCUGUCCAUACACCCCACCCUUCCACUGCUCCUCUCCUCCGGGCCCGCCUCAACUCUUUACCUCCAUCAUAUAAACCCCAACCCACCCAACCCCAACCCGCUCCUCACAUCUCUCCACAUAAAACGCACCCCUCUCACAACCACUGCCUUCCACCCGUCCCCAGCGUCCUCACAAGUCUUCCUAUCCGCCCGCCGCCGCUACUUCCACAUCUGGGACCUCUCAACCGGCCGAAUCGAGAAAACAAGCCGCAUAUACGGCCACCAGCACGAGCAGCGCUCAAUGGAAACAUUCAAGCUCUCCCCCUCCGGUCGCCUCCUCGCGCUCCUCGGCUCAGCCAGAAAGGGUGGCGGUGUCGUAAACAUCCUCGACGCCACGACUCUUCAAUGGACCGCGCAAGCUCGCGUCGAAAGCCGAGGCGGCAUAGCGGACUUCUGCUGGUGGGCCGAUGGCAAGGGCCUCACUAUCGCCGGCAAGAAUGGGGAAAUCAGCGAGUGGAGCGUUGAUGAACAAAGGAUCAUCGCGCGCUGGACCGAUGAAGGCGCUGUCGGUACUACAGUCCUCGCGCUCGGUGGACGAAGCGGGCGUGAGGGGUGGCUAGGCGGAGAUCGCUGGGUCGCGGUCGGUAGCUCAAGCGGUGUGGUCAAUAUCUACGACCGUCGCGCGUGGAGCGGCACUGCCCAACCUACCGCCGCUGAUGGAGAGCUGGCGAACGGCGGUAUACCGUCUGCGCCGGAACCGACGAAGACGUUUGAGCAGUUGACCACGCCGACGUCUCAUCUAGCUUUCUCGCCGGAUGGACAGGCGCUGGCGAUGGCGAGUCGCUGGAAGAGAGACGCGAUGAGGAUUGUGCAUCUGCCUAGUUGUACGGUGUACAAGAAUUGGCCGACGAGCAAGACGCCGUUGGGACGGAUCACGGCGGUUGCAUGGGGUGAGAUUGGGAAUGAAAGGGAGGCGGAAUUGGUGCUUGCUGUGGCGAAUGAGCAGGGGAAGAUUAGGCUGUGGGAAGUGAGGGAGUAG